GGCGUUUUUUUCUUACCAAGGAGCAGCUUGACAAGCAGUCAAAACAGUUUGCGCCCAGUGGAGAAUGAGCUGGAGUUGUGUGGCUGUUGUUGCCAAUUGUGCAAGCUAGAAUGUAGUGAACCUGUAGCAUCUUUGUAUUUGCAAUAUGAAGAAUGGAAGAAGACGAUGUUACCAUCAGAGAGCAGAAUUUUCACAGCCAAGUUCGAGAGUACAUCAUAUGCUUCCUGCUGUUUGCCGUCCUCUACAUUGUGUCCUACUGCAUUAUAACCAGAUACAAAAGGAAAAGUGACGAUCAUGAGGAUGAAGAUGCUGUUGUCAACAGGAUAUCAUUAUACUUGUGCACCUUCACACUGGCGGUGUCCGGUGGUGCCGUCUUCCUGCUGCCUUUCUCCAUUAUUAGCAACGAGAUCCUCCUCUCCUUCCCCAGAAACUACUAUAUUCAGUGGCUCAAUGGCUCCCUCAUCCAUGGUCUGUGGAACCUGGUGUCGCUGUUCUCCAACCUUUGUCUCUUUGUCCUGAUGCCUUUUGCCUACUUCUUUUUGGAAUCUGAGGGAUUUGCUGGAUCAAAAAAGGGCAUAAAGGCACGCAUUCUGGAGACGUUUGUGAUGCUCUUCCUGCUGGCUUUGCUCAUCCUUGGCAUUGUGUGGGUGGCAUCAGCCCUGAUUGACAAUGAUGCAGCCAGUAUGGAGUCACUCUAUGAUCUUUGGGAAUUCUACCUGCCAUACCUCUAUUCUUGUAUAUCCCUGAUGGGAGGACUGCUUUUGCUAAUGUGUACUCCUGUAGGAAUGUCAAGGAUGUUCACAGUCAUGGGACAGUUAUUAGUGAAACCCACGAUCCUGGAGGACCUGGAUGAGCAGAUUUACUGCAUCCAUUUGCAGGAGGAAGCCCUUCAGAGGAGAUUAAACGGAUCAUCUUCACACACCUACAUCCGGGGGAGCUUUACUUACCAACUCACCAAAGAACUGGACAAUAUUAGAAAUCAGAAGAACAAACUGGAGAGAAGAAAGAAAGCAUCAGGGUGGGAGAAGAACCUGUUGUAUCCCAUAGUGAUGCUGAUCCUGCUUGCUGGAACGACAAUCUCUGUUAUUAUGGUGGCGCUGAACAUCCUCUACCUUCUAGUGGAUGAGACGGCCAUGCCCAAAGGAUCUACGGAAAGAGCCAUUGGGAACACUUCCUUGUCCACUUUUGGCGUGGUUCGGGCAGUACUGGAGAUCAUUCUCAUGUUCUACUUGAUGGUGUCCUCCGUCGUUGGUUUCUACAGCCUGCGUGUCUUUGAGGGAUUCACUCCCAGGAAGGAUGACACAACCAUGACAACGAUCAUCGGCUGCUGUGUGUCCAUCUUGGUUCUGAGCUCAGCUCUACCAGUGAUGUCCAGAACUCUUGGUAUCACCAGGUUUGAUCUCUUGGGAGACUUUGGGAGAUUUAAUUGGCUGGGAAACUUCUACAUCGUCCUCUCAUACAACAUGCUUUUUGCUGUUGUGACAACUCUUUGUCUUGUGAGAAAAUUCACGUCAGCAGUGCGGGAAGAACUCCUAAAGGCUUUAGGUCUGGAUAAAUUGCAACUGUCAAACAGCCCUGCAGACCCUGAAUCUGGGAAGCUCUCGGCCAAUGGGCAUCAGAAAACUCUGUGAAAGGGACGAUGGAUCAGCUCGUGGACACACACACACGCGCUAACUGAGCCACAGGGAGAUUUCGACAGUACUGCCUGGGUGCUGAAAGGUGAAAAGGAUGGUAAGGAACUUAAUAGACCUAGGUAGUGUCUGACUGUUGCUGCAAAUGGAGGCUGAGAGCAAUUUAGCUUCGUGACAUUCCAUCCUCUGCGUCUCUGAUGGAAGCUGGGACAGAGCCAGGGUGGACACAGAGGAGUGAAAAAGACUGGCAUCAGUGUACUGACCUUGAUGCUAACCUCGACUGUGACUUUAAACUACCCAUCUUUUGCUUCUGGGGCAUUCUUGCACCCAGCAUUGUUACCUUAUUUCUUUCGGCAACUUCUACCUUUGCACUAGAUAAAAGCAGAUGCGCCUUCUGCUUGGUUCCGCUCUAUCAAAGUCUUAAAUCAGUCUCGCAUUCAGUUGUUGAAUUAGAACCCAACAGCUCAAUUUGAAAUUUAUUUAAAUGCAUUUUUGUCUUUUAUUGAUGUAGAUGAGAAACUCAGAAUAAAUGUUUUUGUAUUGUUUUGAGAAGUGAUGCAAGCAUGAGAGGGUGUCAAUUUGUUAUUUUUCCUGGAGCUUAAAAAUAAGAAAAAAUAACCAUAAAUGCUUUAUGAAACAUGUCAAGUUGUGUUUUAUUCCCACUCAGCAGAGCCAGUGCAGAAUGCUGCACAGUGGGCUGUGGGUUGCAUUAUAUGCAUUGCAGCUGUCAGGUCUGACCGUCUAAUGUUGUGGUAAUUCUGCUGUCCUAUUUGUUUUUAUUUGGCUUUAUGCAAGUGGGAUUUCAUUUUUUGAUGUUGGUUUGUAUAAAGCAGGAUACAUUUUUUUUUUUUUUUUUUUUAAAAAGGUGCUCCAGAUUUGAUUUCAGCUAAUCAGGAAUUGGGAAACAGUUGUUUCUAAGCCAAAUCUCACUGAUCAGAAAACCUUUGUGGAUCUGAAGGGAAUCUGUAGAUCUGUCUUCAUUUUUUUUUUCUAUUGGUGCACAUUUUAAAUCAUUACGAUUUUCCUCUUUAAAAAAACAAAAAGACAGGCACAGAAAAGUGUCUGUUUGUAAAGGUUGUAUUUACAUGUACAUAAUAUUUUUUACUUUUAUUCCAUUGUUUGGAUGUAAAUAAUCUGUUUUCACUGAGCGCAAUGAAGGUCUGACAGAAUUACCAUUUUUUAGAGUAUUUUUAAUUAAAUGUGUCCCUAUAAAAUUCAGACACUGAAGGCUUGGGAUGUUGCUGCACAGAGGCAUCCAUCUGCAUUGAUCUCACACUCUGCACAGGUGAGGAUAGUAGGUACAAACAUGGCUGGACUUGCAGCUUGUCCACUUUAUCUAACAGUAAUUAAGAGGGCUAUCAACCACUUGUUUUUAGUGAAACAUGAUUUAAAUACAACAUGAAGUGAAAGUAAAGGAGUCUUUGCUAGAGGACCAACAUCAGUAGACCACAAACACUUUGUGCUAUGAAUUCACAGAGCUCCACAAGCCAGCCAGCUUUGUAGCCAAGAGAAAGACUUGGUAACUCAGGCGUCCCUCUACAUUUUAUUGCAUUGCUGCAUAAUCUUCUAAACUGUGAUUUUUUUUGUCUUCACAAUCACCUCAAAUGCCUUAUGACAAACAUCUUGUAGGCUUAAUGUGAUGGUAAUUGGUCCCUUUGCACAGCUGCACUGUGAUCCCAUCAGCCACAGAGUUUCUGCUUCAAAGCCAGCUAUACGUUACGUUUCUUUUCACGACUAAGGUUCAGAAAGCAGCUUCCUUUUUCAGCACUUUCUUGCUUAGUUCGGAAUGAAUCUAUUGAUGACAGUUUUUUUUUUGUUUUUUUUUUGCGGUGACAAAUAGAAAUCUGAAGUUAUAUAUGCAUUCAAGACUGGAACAAAAGAAAAUGUGCAAUUCUCAUCUAUUAAUCACUGGUAACAUUAUGCAUUAGACAUGAGAAUAUUGCAUAAAGGGCAUCUAGUAAUAUUUCUAAAUAGUUCAAACAAAUCCCUUUCUACACCACCAGAUAUAUGGCUAUAAUUUGUAUUUUAUUGGCUUUGGGAUAACACUAAAACAUGGAUACUACUCGGAAAAAUGUUUUUUUUUCUUUGACAGGGAGGCAGUUGAAUAAGUCAAAGUCAAGAUUUUAUUCUUUUGUAUUUGGAAGCCGGUUUAAUGGAGCAUUAAAGUGAAAAUAACAGUUAUGUUAAAUUGCAUCAGCUACAUAAAUUGGACUUUGCAAUAACUGGUAGGGAAAAUAAGACAUCACAUCUAAAUAUUGGACCAUUUUUCAUUUUCAAGGCUUUAUUCUGGUUUUACAGUACAGGUCUUCUGUGUACAUGGAUGGAGUGUGAGCUGCAGGUGUGGCUUUGAUUUCAGUCUGUCAAUCUCUCCAUGUAAUUUUGGUACAUGUUUUGUGAAUGUGUUUUUUUACGAUUUCUCAGUCUGAUAAAUUGUAUUUUUGUUGUGUGUUUGCAAAUAAAAGUAAAACGUUUAACAGUU